UGGGGCUGAGAAGAAUGUUGUGGCGUUGAGAUUACUGUAUAGAGUUAUGUAUCUAAUAAUGUUAACACUUGGUGAGGAUCAUCCUGAAAUGUCUAAUGUUGAUUUUUACAUUGGUUUACUACUGAGUAAUGCUGGUCAUUAUGAAGAAAGUCAGGAAUAUCUGGAAAGUGCUCGUAGAUUACAAAACAAGUUUCAUGGAAGUCAAUCAAUUACUGUAGCCACAAUUCAUCAUCUUCUUGCCAACUCAUUGACUCACAUUGGAGCAUUUGCUGAAGCUAAGCAAAAUAAGAGAAAAGCAUACAAUAUCUAUAGGACUAAAGUAUGCAGUAAUGUUAAUGCCAG